CUCUCACAACACCCCGCCAUCGCUGAUUCGGCGCAUGGUGUACUGCGAUGCUCGCACCAUGCAUCUGCACUGAAACACACGAAAAAGAAGCACUCUCUGCGAAGCGAUCAACGGCAAAAGACAACGAAAGACUCACGAACCUGGGGCACAACAGCAUCUGUGAUUGUCAAUCUGCUCGCUGGGACGACAUUCAAUGAUAAAGAGCGCCGAUCUCUCUCCCUCGGCUCUCGUCGGACUGCUUCGUGAGCUCAAGAUCCCCACAUGGGUGUUGGUUGCAGCGUGCGGGACUGCCUCAGUGGCUGCUAUCUAUGCAUAUCUGCUGGACUUGAACCGGCGCAGAAGGGAGCAUUUCAAGGUACGUGUACAGUUGAUGAAUGGACAGACCGCUCAUUCGAUGCGCUGUGUGCGUGUUUGUGGCAGGACACGCCGCAACCCGAUAAUGAGCACCCACUUCUCGCGGGCCUGCCCGUCACACGCAGGUGACGCGGAAUCCUCUGAAGGACUCUCGGGGGAGACCACUAAAUGACUCACUUGGUUGUUCGUUUCUCUGUCCAGGGUGUUUGGCAGCUCGACGAACCAGUCGCAGGGCAUCCAGGAGCUGUCUGACAAGCUUGGUCCCACAUGGGGCGUGCGCAUGCCUCUGUUCCUCCCCGGCUUCAGCAAACAAGGUACCAAGGACGCCGCCUGCCCCACUUGACUGACCUUGCGCUCACUGUGCUGUGUUGCCUGUCGAUUUCAUCAGAGUUCAUUCUGUUCACGUCCGAUCCGGCCAUUAUCAGCGAAGUGCAGGCCAAGAAGGACAUUUUCCACAGCAGGCCAAAGGUGGGCUUCCACUCGAUCAUCCCGCAAGGCUUGCUGGCCCUCCGUGCGGACAAGGGGCAGUGGCAAACGCAUCGGCGGCUCAUUGCGCCUCUCUUCAGCGACAAGUUUUUGGCUGGUAAGCGUUGUCGUUGCCAGAAGAGGAGAGAUGUGAUGCAUCGCGCCUGUGUGUGUGCGGCGUUUGUUCAGCGUAUGGGCCGACACUCUACGAGAAGAGUGCGCUGCUGCACGAUUCUCUCCUCCAGCACUUCAAUGACAAAGUCAAAACGAAAGCGGUACGUGCACCAGAAGAGAUGGGACGAACGUGCAUUGACGCACACACAUGUUUUUCUUUUUUUUCGUGUCGUGUCAGUUUGAUGUGCAAGAGUGCCUGAACUUGGUCACGUUGGACAUCAUCACGUCGAUCGGUUUUGGUUUAGAGAAGGCUGACUCUGUGCGCGCGCUGCUGCCGCCGGAUAGCCCACAAGCACUCAAGCCGAAUGAGGUACGGAUGUGCGUGCGUGUGGCUCGCAUCACGCCCACGGGUGUAUGCGUGUGCGCAUCAGUUGCGUUCUGCUCUUGGAUUCAAGCGGUGAGUUGGUCGGAAGCAGUGAUCAUUGACUAGUGCACUUACGCUUUUAUGUGUCCCUGUGUGCCUGUCUUGGUAGGGCCUCUGACGUCUUGCUCGACGAGGUCAUGAAGCGGGUGGCAGAGCCAUCAGUCGCACGGUGCGAGUCGCACUGAGCACAUCACACUAUACACACAUCCACGAGUGUGUCUGCUUCCCUCUCUCUGCGUGCCGACAGGUUUUGGCCGCCGAGAUACAUCCGCUAUCUCUCAGCGUACGCAAUGGCAACCAAGCGUGUGUACGAGGUGUAUCGUCACAAGGGUGACUCAGUCUCAUCUGAUGCAUCGGGGCGCGGAAGCAAGGAUUUCAACAUGCUGAUCGCUCUCAAGAACGCACAGGGUAGGUCAGGCAGCGCACACCCAUCCACACACCCAUCCAUCCAUCCAUCCAUGCGUGUGUGUGUGUGUGUGUGUGUGUGCAGAGGGCGGACAGCACAUGACUAUGAAAGAGGUCAAAGAUGAAAUCAUUACCUUGAUGAUUGCCGGUGAGUCGGUCGCUGAGAGGGAGGGAGGAACAGAGGCAGGCCUGAUGGUGGUACUGGCUGUUGGUGUGCUCACUCAGGUCAUGAGACGACUGGCCUGACGACGUCGUGGGCCUUGUAUGAGUUGGCGGCCAACCCAGAUGUGCAAGACAAAGUCUACAAAGAGGUCAGUCAGGAGAGAGAUGCGCACGUGAGUGACCACGAGGCAGGUGCACUGCACCGAGUGUGUUGCAUCUGCUCGUACAGGUCAAGGACGUGGAUCUCAAGUCGCUAUCGCUGACCGAAGUCAAAGACAAGCUGCCCUACACAUACAUGGUAGGGGGCACCGGAGCUCAUACGCCAGCAGCCGCACACCAUUCAUCUGUCCGUCUCUCUCCCCUUCCCACACAGACAUUCCAAGAGGCUCUGCGUCUGCACCCCACCGUCAACAUAUUCCCGCGAGAGGUACAUGCACUUUAAUUGCUGCUUUGGCACAUACAUAAGUCAGUCGUGCAAUGCUAUCUAUGGGUUCCUUCCGUUGCAUUGCAGGCGUCUGAGGAUGUUGUGCUGGGCGGCAAGUAUCGUCUCCCUGCAGGGUCCCGCAUUCUGAUCAACCAGCAGGCGCUGGCCUGGAACACGGAGCUGUGGGGGCCCGAUGCCAAGAAAUUCAAACCAGAAAGGUGCGUGGCGUGCGACAAACAGAGAGGGCAGGAAAGGCAAUCAACGAAUGUGCUCGUGUGUGUGUGUGUGAAUGCCUCUCAGGAUGCAACGCCCCGAUUUGGCCGACCUGGACAAUUACUUCCCUUUCGGCUUUGGCCAAAGGUAUUGAGCAUCCACCGAGUGACACACGCACACGACGCACGUACUCUUUAUGUGUCCAUCCAGGACGUGCAUCGGCAAGCGGCUUGCCUACGUCGAAGGCGUCUUCCUCCUUGCGCACAUGCUGCAGGACUUCCAUCUGGCCGUGCCGUCAGAGUUCGCCCCGCGAUACGAGGUGCGAGUGACGCUGCGGAGUGCAGACGGCACCACGCUGCUGCUAACGCCAAGGGCACACGAUUGAACCAAUCCGACUGAGGCCUCGAGCGUUUGCCGUGCCUCGAGAGGAAGCAUGCAAAUGUCUCCUUUUUCCGUAGGGGUAAGCGGGGUGGUGGAGUGCGCUUCAUGUCAUGGUGUUUUUGUAUGUCGGUACUGGUCCAGGCAGGACUGUGCAGGUGUACCCAGUGUGAAUGGGCAGACACACGUUGUUUGGUGAAUGGCAAUUUGGCAGCAUACAUAGAAAGAUCUGCUCCCUAGCUUGCUCCCUAGCUGCCCUGGUCUGCCCCCUAGUAGGCCUGCGUGCUGGACAUUUGUGCGCUGCUUAUGUAUUGUACGGACGGGCAGAAGGGAAGACGAGGCUGACCGUCACACGCAUCAUGUCUCCUUGAAGACUCCUUCACACGCAUCACGUCUCCUUUCUGUCAAUAAUGUUUACUUUCGGCAUUCGACGAAAGACCAGGGUUUCUGGAAAAAAUGCCAGA